UGCCCCGUCGAGAGGUAUUAGCGCCGCGGAUGUAUUAGCGCCCGGGAUGUACAAUUGCCGGGGGUGAGGGCUGAGCUGGCCGUCAUCGCUGCGGCGCUCCUCGGCCAUCUGGCGCCUCGUCGCCAAGCCUUAUUGUCGUCCUUCUUCGACUUCAUCUCGCCCGUUCCGCCCCUCAUCGUCAUCCUCAACGCCCAUCCUCAUCGCCCAUCGCCCAUCCUAUCCCCGGCUCGCCAGGGAACCCCACUCUAUCGCUUGGCAUCGUCGCGGACAUGUCGCUGCUGUCCACCCCUGCCCACGAGCACGAAAUCAGCACCCUCGUCGUCACCUGGAAUGUGGGCACCAACUCGCACCCGCAUCCCGGCAGUCUCGGCGGCGAACCCGAUCUGACUCUGCUCCUGCCUGAAGCCCGCCGGUUCGCCAAGACCCCAAAGGCGCCCAGUCCAAGCUCCUCCAGCCAAGCCAGCCGCCCAAGGCAUCUCUACCACGAUCUGAUCAGCUAUGACUCCUCCUCAUCGCCAUCGCUAUACACCGACUCUGGCGCUACGGACCACUCGGGCGGGGGCACGCUGCUGGACCCGAGCGAUCCCUUCUCGGUUGUCCAUCCGCUACUCCCGACCCACCGCUUCGACGACCCGUGGGCGACUAAUUCCUGGGAAGACGACUCGUGGCUUCCGGAAGAAUGGCGGAGACCCAAGCCCAGCCCCGUGGACGACUCGCCCGUCAUCCCCAACAUCGUGGUCUUUGGCCUGCAGGAGAUUGAAUCGCAGGUCACGGCCGCCAUCAGGCUCCCGCACAACCAGCCUCCCUGCAUCGGCGAGCCCACAGAUCCGCUCCUUGCCCUGUGGGCAGAGCGCAUGCUCGCCGCACUCGAAAAGGUCUACGGACACACCUACACCGUCCUCCAGUCGCAGCGCAUGGUGGCCCUCGGCCUGAUUGUCUUUGUCGACCCGGCCUUCCAGCAGUCCCGCCGACUAACCAUCGAGGGCCGCUGGAUGGGCGUGGCUGGCUCGGGCCUGGCUGGACUCUAUGGCAACAAGGGUGCCAUUGCCACUGCCAUCGACUUUCGAUAUGAGGCCCUGCCCCGGAUAGUCCCGUAUGCCCCCAACGCCGCUUCGGUGAUGCAGGACAUGAUGAUGAGGCACAAGAUGGAGAGCCGAGGCCCUUUCAGGUUCUCGCUCUGCUUUGUGAACUGCCACCUGCAAGCGCACGAAGGUCAGGCAUACCAGGACAUGCGCGACGCCGAAGUCGAUUUCCUGUUUUCGUCGCUGAUCAUGACGCCCAACAGCGACAUUGUCACGGGCACCGACUUGCACGAUGGCGAUGCCCCGAGCACCCCGAUUCCGGAGGACAGGCACCCGAUCCUGCCGGGGCUGCCUCGUGUGCUCUCGGCCGAGCAGCGCGAGAUGCUGGACCCGCUCAUCCGACACGAAAAUAUUGUCAACCCCAACGGCCUCGAGCGGGAAAGGUUCGAGCCCGUCCCCGAGCAGCCACACCGGCUCAUCAAAGACAACAACCUGAUCUUUAUGUUCGGCGACUUCAACUAUCGCUUCGUGGGAGCCUCGUCGACACUCUCUCGUGGUCACGUCAACGGCUUGAUCGACUCGCAGGAGAUUGAAAAGCUGGUCAAGCUGGACCAGCUCUGGCACGGAACCCGCUCGGAGACCCGCACUUACCAUCCAUUCAAGUCCUUUGUCGAGGCACCGAUCAGCUUCCUGCCGACUUAUAAGCACAGCCUGCCUCCCGCGCUCCCGUCGGAGCCAGCGCUGAAGCGAUACUCCUCCAAGCGCGUGCCGGCGUACUGCGACCGGAUCCUUUACUCGGUCACCGACAAUGUCGGCACCCCCGAUCUCGUCGAUGUCCUGCAUUACGGCUCUGCAACCGAGAUUGGCUGGAGUGACCACCAGCCUGUCUCGGGGCUGUUCCUGAUCCACGUCAACGAGGUCGAAUACUUGAACGACCCGGGCUUUGGCUCCCGAACGCUCACUCGAACUCACCCGCAAGGACUGAACGAGAUCCAAGCACUUCGCAUCAAGCGCUUUGUCUCAAACUCGGUGUGGAUCCUUGCGGUUCUGGCGGCGAUGAUCAUCUUUCUCCUUUGCCUCCGUGGGCUCUAGAGCACCUUAUCUUCUCAUCCAAGUUAGAGGACAGCACCUUUGU